UUGAAAUCACUGUUCCUUUCACAUAACGAGGUUGCACGCCUGUGCUUUUCUCUCUCUCUCUCUCUCUGCAGAAUCCACAACCACCCACAAAACCUCUUUUAAACCCUGAUAGAUACAAGCCUAAUUCGCCACCUGCAAUUAAAAUAUGCAACAAAGCCUCUAUUUUUCAAAUAAAAAGCUGAUAAAUAUAGCCGUUAAUAGGAUAGGCAUCCAGCUCUCUCAAUAUCUCUAUCUGUUUCAUAUCAAUCUGGUACAUUUCUUGAUUUUAUUAUCGCUAAUAUUUUCUCUCUUUCUAAAUUCUCCUCAUCCUAUCAACCAUUUUUCUUCAGUGUUUUCAAAUCAUGAGGAACAUCUGGUACUGUUUCUGCCACAAAAGUCCAAAUUCCCACAUCCAAACUGACGCUCUGUCUAACUAAAACCCCAUCCCCAGCAGUCCACUGCAAUAGCCUCUGCAAUCAAACAAAACAAGGACAUUUUCAAACCAAAAGGGAAGUUGGUAGAAAUUUUCUAUUCAAAUCUCUCUCCUUUCAAUAUCUUAAACACAAACCCAUUUCUCCACCAAUAGGAAAUGGGGUUGUUAUAAAUUUGUAUCAAUCAUUUCGAAGCGUUUCAAACUUUCUCUUACAUUGGACUGUUGUUAGACAAGCACCAUCCAAAAGAGGAAUAUUUGCUAUCAAAUUUUUGUUCAGGCUCUAAAGUCUUGCUUUUCUACAAGUAAAACACAACACCCAGUAAACCAAGAUUGCUGCCUCUGUAUCAAAUCAAGGAAGAAAGAGCUAACGUCGGUGUUGCAUGGACAAAGCAACGAUAAUAACAACAUUGACAGCAAGGAGGCCAAAACGGCAAUACCCACCAGCGCCACCAGCACCAAGAAUCCUGCAGUUGCCUCGCAGGAAACCACCAGCAAAGGCUAGUGCUGCCAAGUCCGGUUUACAAAGAAACAGGAAAGGUAAGCUGGAGACUUUGUUUGAUCAAGAAAGAGAGUUUACAAGAGGGGUUAUGCCCAUUGUAACAGUGAGUGGUGGAGGGGAUGAUCAGAGUGAGGAGAGGAGAGAGAGAGUAGAGAGAAGAGAAAGCGUGGUGAUGGAGGAGGAGAAGUGGAAGUUUCAAGCUGAGAUGUUGAGGGCAGAGUGUAAUUUGCUAAGGAUGGAGAGAGAGAUUGCUGUGAAGAAAAUGGAGAGGAGAAGGGUCCACGUCGAAAGGGCUUUGAGAUCUGCUGUUCAAACUCUGCUUUCUGGGAGAGAAAAGAUGUGCGAUGGAAAGAAUGCAAGAGUGGUUUUGGAGGAAGGGAUCAUUGAAUUGGUUGAGAAACUAGAUAAGUUGCAAAGAAGAUCAAGGAAUAAAGAUCUAGAUGUUCGAAAGUGCAGCAAUUUUGACAAACAAGCAUCUCUUCUUCAAAGACGGCUAGAGAAGUUCUCAGGAGGAUCAGAUGAGAUAUAUGUGAAGGAGAUUCAAGAGAUGGCAGAAGCAAGCUUGUCCAUCAAUACUUCUAGCAGCACCAAAGAAAAUUUUGUUUCAACUCGCAGCAGCAGCAGCAAUAAUGUGCAGAUGGAGGUCCUCAGAAGGAAAAUGGAGGGACUGUCAAAUGGGAGUCUAUUAGAGAGGAUGGAAUUUGAAUAUGGGUUGAUGCUCUCUACAGAGGCUACUAGUUCGAAUUUUGCUGCCACUUCCAAGCAAAUCGAAUCAUCGGAGCUGUCUUCAUCUUCAGUGAGGCAACCCUGCAAGGAGAGAGAGCCCUAUGAAGAGAGAGCAUGUUCAGGAUGCUGCAAGGCAAUAGUGCAAAGGGUUGUGGAGCAAGUUCGGGCUGAGACAGAGCAAUGGUCGCAAAUGCAAGAGAUGCUGGGGCAAGUCAGGGAUGAGAUGGAGGAAUUGCAGGCUUCUAGAGAUUUUUGGGAAGAUCGAGCACUCGAUUAUGAUCAUCAAAUUCAAUUGCUACACUCUGCUGUGAAAGAAUGGAGACGAAAAGCCCUGUCCUCUGAAGCAAAGGCAAAUGAUCUAAAAGCUCAGGCAAUUUUGCUCCGAGCCGAGCUUGAAAAGCUGAGGAAGGAAAAAACCAGAGAAGAAACAAGCAGGACCAAAAGUUCGGCAGCAAAUUUGCAUGACUCACCAAACGAGAUGGAGAAACGAGUAUUGGUUUGUCGACUGAAAGAAAAUCGGCAACCAAAUGAUGAUUGCUGCAAGCAGGAGAGCUUGGGAGAUAGAAGAAAAAAACAACCAACAUGUAGCAGCAGAAUUAAUGAGACAAAACGCUCACCAUUUAGAGAUCUAGGAAAUUCACCAACAUUGGUCAGGCAAAAUAGCAGGGCAGUUUUUCCUUUGCACUGUCCCCUGCCUGCCAAUGUAAUGAGAGAUUCUUAAUGUCCUGAAUUCUGUCUUUUCAAGUUUCUAAACUGAGAUACUUGUGAGUUAUGACCAUUCCAGUUUCCAUAUGAAAAAAAGAGCUUGUGGGAAUUAUUAAUUACCAUUUGAUUUCUAUGGAUUUUGGUGAUUAGGAUUAAGAAAAGAAAGAAAUUGUGAUUAGCUACUAAUCCCUGAACAUGAAUGUGCAAAUGUGAAGUGAUCUCCAACAUUAAUCCUCUUAAUUAGGCGCAUGAAAUGGCCUAAAAAUGUGUCCGAUGUUCCAAUUAAGCAGAAACUAAGCAAUCAAAAUGGGUGUCUUCUGCUUCAAAUUGUUAAA